UCACCAAACAACAACAACAUCAACACUUUGAUUUUUCUUUCUUUUCAAUUUUUAAUAUUCAAAAAGAAGUUACACGCGUCAUCACGUCAUAAGAGUUGUGUCCAGGUAUCCAAUACAUACAUCUAAUAAUUACAUACAUACUCUCUAUCUCAAUUCCAAUUCCAAUUCCAAUUCCAAUUCCCAAUCAUCAAAUAAAUAUAAAGUAUUUUGAAAUUCUGUUUGGAUUUGAUUGUAAUAACGGAAUUCGUUGUUGACGAGACGGAAUCAUAAUCAAUCGGAACAACUGAAACUCCUCACACCCCACUCCAAUCCCAAUCCCAAUCCCAAUCCCAUCGGUUAUAAUUAAGAAAGGAAUGAGAUUAUUGUCAUUAGCUUCUUUUGGAUAAACUACACAUAGUCAGUACAAAUGGGCUGCUGUUCUUCUACAAACCGGGUAGACUGGAAUGAUCGAUUGUAUCAUUAUCCAGUAGUGUCUCAGGAGCGUCGUCCAUUACCAAUCCGCAGUAGUGCAGCUUCUGUUAUACCUACAGGCCUUUUAGUUGAUACAAAUUUAGAUACUUCCAUACCCGACACUUAUAGGCAGCCACCAGCACCUAUACCAUACGAUGCAAAUCCUCAAGGUUCUGCAAACAAUAUAGACGGUUCUGCUAUUAAGCAACAACCGCUACUGCAAACAAAUGAUUCUGUCCCUAUUGGAGAAACAAAAGCUAGCGAUGAUAGUGGCGAAAAUGUGGCCAAAGAAGCAUUGGAAUCUGUUGUGGCAGACGAGAUUGAUACUGAUCUCGACAAGUAUGAUGAACUCAAGAAGUCAAGCACGCCUUUUGUAGCUCCAGAGGAGUGUCCUACAUGUCUUGAAGAAUAUGAUGAAGAAAAUCCGAAAAUAGUCACCAAAUGCGAGCAUCAUUUUCACUUGUCGUGCAUUCUCGAAUGGAUGGAAAGAAGUAACACUUGCCCUGUGUGUGAUCAGGAGAUGGAACUCUACAUCCCGAUCAGUGACUAGCUGUUGCAUUAUAGAACGAAAUGGCUGCUAGCAUUAGUAUCAAGCAUAGUUUGGCCUCUCAUAAUUUUUUCUUUUCUUUUGCUAUAUAAAUGCAUAAUGUCCUUGUUCAUUAUACUCAUACUAAUACAUAUUACAUAAAACAAAAAAAUGCGAGAAGUAAACAGAAAAACAAUACUGCAAAUAGAGAUUGAUGUGGGACAUUCUUCUUGUUCGUAUUCUUUAGGAUCAUCAUCAUGAUGCUCCACAUAUCCAUAAGAUACCAUUCUCAGAAUCUCAGAUUCCCUUGAGCGGUUUGCAGGUUUGUGUGUUUUUAUGGGGUCACUGAAGUUUAGAGAUGGGAAGUUGUGUAUGAUAAUGAUUGAUAUUAGGAUUAUUUUUUUCUUUCUAUGUUGAGUAUAAUUUUGAUUUUGGCCUUUCUACUAGUUAUUGAAACGCAAUAUAUUGGUUUAUUUUUUGAA